AUGUGGUAUCACAAAAAGAAGCGGUUCCUCGAUGGAAUCAGCAAGUGCCUCAAGCUGUCAGAUAAAGAAUUCGAAGUGACAUUAAAGAAAGUCAAUGAAAUAACAAAAGAUUCUGAUGAUUUAUCAGCCAUUCUGGAUCUUGAAAUUAAAAAUCCAGAAGUAAUAAAAGAGGAACGAGAUUUGAUCCUUAAGACUAUAUUUUAUCUCGUCCAGAGAUUCAAUCUUUUCAUUCUAUCGCCAAUUAAGUUACAGAGUGAUUUAAAUGAUCUAGGAUUCUCACAAGAAAAGGCACAUAUAUUGAUUCAGUUCUAUUCUGAAGCUUCUCGUGCCAUGAUAACAAACUUAGAUAUGAGCAGCACUGGUUCAACAGAUGAGGAAGUAUAUUGGGAUAUAAAAACGACAUUAUCAGAUGCACUGAAUCAAAAAUGCAAGAUCCCAAAAGCUACAAUAAGACUAAAAUCAGAAGCACAGGAAAUUACAUUUGAGGACCUAAACCAUUCAGAACUUAGUAAACUGUUUGACAAGAUGGAAGCUAUUCAAAGCGAAUUAGAUAAUCUGAACAAAUAA